AUGCCAGAGACGCUGCCCGACGCUAAAGAUGUCAAACGGAUUAAAGACCGGUUGAUCCAGUCGCUUAAGGCUCUUCAAAAACGCUAUGUGACGUCAGACACGGCCGUCACCAGUGAAGAUGGUGAUGCAAACCACCUCUGCUCUGCUCUGGAGGCCGUCUUCAUCCACGGCAUCAGGGGCAAGUUCAUCCGCCUCGAGAACGGGACCAGAAGCAGGAAAAAGGAGAAGGGGCUUCCUCAACCCGCUUUCUGGAGCCUCUUGAAAGCAGUUACACAUCGUGACGUGAUUACUGAACUGGAGAAGCUCAACUUUGUGACCACAGAGGUGGGCCGUUGUCGUGCGUGGCUUCGUUUAGCUCUUAACCAUGGCUUGCUGGAAUGCUACCUGGUCUCACUGUUCAGAGAAGAAUCCAAACUGCAGGCCCAUUACCAGCCAAGCGCUCUCCUUUUGAACCCAGAGGAGAGAGAAGUCCUCCUCACUUACCUCCAGGGCCUCUCCUCUCUCACAUUUGAUCUGUCUUACAAGUCUGCUGUCCUAAAAGAGUGGACCACCACCCCGUUAGCCUUAGCCGGACUUUGCCCUAUGUCCCAACUAGACACACUUGAGGUCAAUGGAGAUGCUACGGCUAAGACUAACGGCGAAAAUUGGGAUUCGGUCUCACAAGCGUCCAGUUCUUCAGAUGCGCUGCUGGACUUGUCAAAAGAGGCUCCGGUUUCACUUGUGGGACUGGGGGAAAAUGGCAGAAUGGAUCUCACCUCCUCGAAUUUGAGUCUGGACACCACCGGAUCCUCACAUCUCUCGUCCAGCCUGAGCUCAGACAGUCUGCUGCAGGGACAGGAGUUCAAGAGUCCCGCGGCCGAACAAUCGUCCUCCAGUGACAUCGAAGUGUCAGUCACGGUCUGCACCAAAAGGACAAUGAAAGAUUUGUCUAAAACCCAGGAAUACUUCAGCCAGGACUCGAUGCGCGAGGACUCCUUUGUCUCCAGCACCGGUCCGGACCAGCUCUCUGAAAACACCAUAAGCAGCAGUUCUGACAGUGAAGCCCAAGGAAGUCCAAUAAUCCAAAAGCCCCUCGCUGAACCUGCUCCUGCCUCCACCGAGCAAACACUGUGCGAUGAGGUUCUGGAUAUUUCCUCCAGACACAGCCGAACCCUUGAACCCAGUUUGGACCAUGACGCACCUGUAGUAAAAUCCAGCGAUGGAGAGAUGUUGAAGUCUGCUCCCAAAGAAGAAAGUUUAGACACGAGAAAGGACAAUUUUGAAGACGGCCCUGAACCAGUAGUUUUCCCAGAAGCAAGGCGUUCAGCCAGUUUGACCAGCAGACAGCCCUCCGAGUCUCUUUCUUAUUCUCAUUCAUGGAUCUCAGAUGAUGAUAUCUACAAACCGACGCUGGAGGAUGUCUCAGAUCCGGACCAAGACGAGGGUUUGGUCCCGACAUCUACCACUCCAGAACCCGUGGCACCGCAGUCCACUCCCAGUGUCGUACACCGCAGAAAAACUGGAAUUUCCAACCCUUUCCGCGGUCUGCUGAAGCUCGGUCACCUGGAGCGGCGCCCUGCGAUCGGAAUGUGGCGGGACCACUACUGCGAGCUCUCGCCGUUCGAGUUCCGGCUGUACCUGAACGCGGAGGAGCGCACCUGUGCCGAGAACUGCUCCCUGGUGCGCUGUGAUGACGCCCGGCUCUCCGCUUCAGACGGACGCUUCGAGCUUUCGUUCUCGGGGAAGAGGCUGUACCUGCGGGCGGCGGAUCGCGGCGAGGCGGAGGACUGGCUGGACUGCAUACAGGAGGCGGUGUGCAAGUGCAGGCCGACCCCGGGGGUGGAUGAGCCGUGGGAGGUGCUGCAGUUCCCUCCGGUGGCUGCGUCUUCGUCUGCGCCCUCCAGUCCAGACCUGGGCGGAUCCUCUUCGGACUCUGGCAUCAGCGAGGCUCAGGACGCUCCGGCUCCGAAAGUGUUCGACUGGACGCGCGGCGGAGACGUGGAGCGAGAUGCCAUCAAAGAGGCGGUGUUGUACUGCAGCAGUGACCCUGAGUCGCGGCACUGGACCCCCAUGGUUUUCUCUCUGUCGCUGGAGGCGCUGAAAGGGUUUGAACUGCAGGAGCAGAGGAAGCUGCUGCGGACAAACCACCCCAUCCAGGACAUCAGGGACGUGGUUCCUGACGUGUCCAUGGGAGGCGCAGAGUUCUUCAAGCUGCUGACGGUGCGAGAGACGCUGAAGCUGCGUGCAGAGAACCCCAGGGAGGCGCGCUCCUGGAGGGACCUGAUCCGCGGCGCUCUGGACUCUUACCUGGAGAGCGGAGAGGACGCAGCCACGGAGGAGCCCAUCGUCGCUCCGUCUGGGAUCAACGGAAACCUCCAAAGACUCGUGCAGCACCGGCUCAAAGAAGACGGCCUGCUUCUGACGCAUCUGUGCCAUGUCCCGGCGGAGAGCGGCCUGGACUCUCAGAGCUUCAAAUGUGCAGGAUGCCCGCGGCAGAUCGGCCCGGCCCGAAGCAGAGCCCGACUGUGCGACUUCACAGGACUGUACUUCUGUGACUCGUGCCACGUCGGUGACACCACCGUCAUCCCCUCUCGAAUGGUGCACAACUGGGACCUGGUGGAGAGAGAGGUGUCGAAGAAGGCCCUGCGGCUGAUGGCGGAGGUGCAACACGAGCCGUUGUUAAACUUGGAUCAGCUGAACCCAGAUCUGAUGAAUCACUCGGAGUCCAUGGCCCAAAUACACAAACUCCGGUUAAAACUUAGACUCUUGGGUGAUUACCUGCUCACAUGUCGGAGCAACGCAUGGAAGAAACUGCAAGCCAGGAUGGGACAGCGGCCUUACCUCUUGGAAUCCAGUCAACUGUACAGUAUUCUGGAUCUGCGUCAGAUCGCUGAGGACCAGUAUCACGUUUACUUGAUCACAUUGGUGCAACUCGCGGCGAACCACGUCUUCCAGUGCGACCUGUGCACUCAGAGAGGAUUCAUCUGCCAAACAUGUCACUCUAACGAAAUCAUCUUUCCCUUUCAGUUUGACACAACCACUCGUUGUAAAGAUUGCAAAGCUGUGUUCCACCUUAACUCAACCAAAGCCGUUCCAGUAUUCUCAGUGUUUGGGCUGCGUAUCCAAAAUCAGAGGAUCAAGCAGGAAGCCAGAUACCGGGCGCGCGUGUCUCUCUUGGCGGGGAUGGAUGCGCUGGACCACGGCCCGGUGAGCUCCAGGAGUCGGCUAGAGAGGAGCAGCCACACCGCUUUUAUAGAUGACAAUAUGCUGUAUGUCUGGGGUGGCUAUCAGAUGGCUAAUGGAGAAGACCUGGUGUUGCCCAGUGAUGAGAUAUGGCUGUUUGAUUUGUACAGUGGCAUAUGGGAGCAGAGGCAGCUGAGCGGGGAUGCUCCUCCAGACCUGAACGGUUUCUGCGGCUCCUACUUGAACGGGACACUGUACAUUUUUGCAGGAUCUGAUGGCGAGGGUUACACAAAUGAUAUGUUUACUGUGGAUCUUAGGAGUGAGUGCCUCAUCUGGAAAAGACUAACGAGCACCAAUGGAAAGACUCCAUCCCCACGAAACAAGCACUCCUGCUGGGUCCACAGAGACCGGUUGAUAUACUUUGGUGGCUACGGUUGCAAGACAUUAGGAGAUGUGCAGAGCGGUUCUCCAUCCAGCUUCGUUGUAGAGGAAAUGUCCUGGACGACAAUCGGAGGCACGCUGUUCAGGUGCUGGGGUUGGAAUAAUGAAGUCAAUGUAUUUGACACCCUCACCUCAACAUGGAGCUUACCAGAAACACGGGGCUCGGUUCCUGUCCCCAGAGGCUGCCACGCUGCUGCUGUUUUAGGAAACAAAGGCUACAUCUCUGGUGGCGUUGAAAGUGCUCAGUUAGAUCUUUACUGCUUGGACCUGGACACUUGGAUGUGGACUUGUAUCGUCAAUUCGGGCUCUUCGGCUCCAGUGGGUCGCACCAUGCACACCAUGACCGCCACGCCGGACGGGACCCUUUUUGUUUACGGCGGCUUCGGGACAUUUGGACCCACACUUGAUGAUGCCUGGAAGUUCAACUUGCACAGAAAAGAGUGGGCCAAAGUGAAUCACCAGCAUAAUGACAAACCCAGGGUUGGCCAUACCUCGUCUCUCGGAAACGACAGCGACAUUGUAGUGUUUGGGGGAAGUAGCAACUUGACGCUGCAAAUGGACUUGGUGUCUAUUCUGAGGUCUCCACAGCAGCAGCACUGCAGCGACGUGUUGCUCUUUCAGACUCAGCCGUAUACUCUCUCCAGAUUAUGUGAAGACUUCAUAGGAAGAAACGGCGUGACCUUCGAGAGGAAUCUGAACUAUCUUCCUUCAAAAAUGCUAAACAAACUAGAAAAGAGAUGUGCCUUUUUCAUACAGGAAACGUUACAACAAAGUGCCUGA